CCUGCCGAGGGGCCGGCCGAUCCCUGGCGGCUCUCACGCAGGGCUGAGCGGGCCCUGACGGCCGCCGGUGGUGGUCGGCCCAGCCCGGGAAAGCGGCUGCUGCAGCUGGGAGGCAUCUUGAGGAGGAGCCCCCGGUGUCGGCGGAGAGGCGGCCGGCGCCAUGUGGCAGAGCAUCGGGCUGACCUUGCUGGUGAUUGUGGCCACCCUGGCCUGCGUGCUGCUCUUCAUGCUGUGCGGCUGGUAUGUCGUCUGGCAAUUGUUUUUGUCCAAAUUCAAAUUCCUGAGAGAAUUAAUAGGUGAUACGGGGUCUCAGCAGGGAGACAACGAGCCUUCAGAGACUGAAGCUGACCAGGAGACUCCACCUUCACCCCUGAGAAGCAGACAGAAGUCUGCUCGGCAACGAAGGGCACCUACAGAAGACACAACCUAAAGUACUCUGUUGAACUUCUGACUAAUUAUGAAUGGUUAAGCACCUCUGCACUGUGUUGUUCAGUGGUUUGAUCUUACUGAAAAACUGACUUAAGAGGUAGUGUUAAUACCUGUGGACCUUUACUUUUGAACUCUACCAAUGUAAGCUACUUCGGCAGAAGUUCAGGGAGGGCUUCAGCAGCAAGCCAUAGAAUACUGAAAGAAAGAAGGGAUGGAGAGAAACCUCUGUCAAAAAAUGCUGAACCGCUGUAGUUCCUGUCACUGCACACAGGUUAAAAACAGGUCCCGGACCAUAGGCUUAGCCUUUGCAUUAGUCUGAGCAUAGUGAGCAUUUCAGAGUUGAAAUGGUUUCUAAAUUAUUUUUUUCUUUACAGCACUGUAACUACAUAUAGUGAAAUUGAGUUUUAUUUCCUUAACUAUAUAUGAAUAUAUAUUUUUUCUUCAACCUUGAGAAUGCAUGUGUAUUUGAAAAACAGUUGAAAGGAUAUCCUGCUUUAGAAAGUAUUCUAAAGUGAGAUUUUAAUUAUGUUCUUAUAUAAAAAGUAUAAAUGAAAUAAGAAAAAUCAAUAUUAGAUGCACAUGGUUUGGAGGUUUUUUUAAUCUCCCGUUUAAAAAGAAAGGAAUCAGGUGGUAAGACCUGUUUUCUUGGUUUUGGCAUAAGAAGGGUAACGGGUUAAACAGUCUUGUUAGGUCUGUUUUUCCUGAACCUUUUACUCUAAGUCCAGCUUACAUUGGAGAGGGGAAGGUGCCUAGGUUAUGUACUCACCACAUAGUAUUCUGAAGUACUGUCUUUGGGCUUUGAAUACUAAGCACUUCCCUAGUUCACUUUGUACACCUUUACAUCAGGUACAUGGUAGCUGACAUAACUUCUUUCCUGGAACCAGUUAAGGCAUUCUGACCAGUUUGGUAGACAUCACUGUAGCACUUUGAUAGUGUUAUAGGAGUGAAUUUGGUACCUCAGGUUUGCUGGAGGAUUUACUGAUGUAUUUUUUUUUUUUUUUACUGGUAGCAAGCAGUUGCUCCUAUUUCUUUGAGAAUGAGUUACAUGGCUAUUUCGACGUCGCACUUCAGAGCAAACAGCUUCACUUCUGUUUAUCUAGCAGCUCUGAAGACUGAUGCGGGAGAUCUUUGGGAAGAGGAGGAACAUGCAUGUACCACCUCUGAUACGUGUGUGUGUGAGAGAGAGAGAACUACCAAUAAGUCUUGUCAUGAACAGAUCCAGUUUUCUCUUAAAGCUUGGGUAUGUGGUAGUGUUUGCGCCAUUGCUCCCUGUAUGAAAACUUAAACAGGACUACAAAAUUGGUCUUGUACUUCCAGCUGUUAAGAAGUUUAAACAUAUUACUUCCAAACUGGUGGUUUGGUUUAGUUAUGUGGCUAAAAGCAGCAUUUAGCUUUUCAUCAGGUAGGCCUACGUCUGGGAAAAGAGCACUCUUUUAGUGCCUUUAUCUUUUGUGAAUACUGCUCAAAAGCUAAUGAGAGCAUUCACUUUAUAAAAUGAUUUGGAUGUUUCAGUAUUAAAAUAUAUAAGAUCAACCCUGACCUUCCUCUGAAGCCUGAAAGUCUGCUUUGUUUACUAGCAUGUGCAUACAAGCAUGCUUUGUGUUACAGGGUUACAUUUUCAAGCAUGAUUAGGGAGUGCUAUGCACAUAUCCUCAAAACACAUAUAGGAGUAUUGAUAGUCUUCUUCCUCUAUCGUGUCUGCUGGCAAGGGAAUGCCUAAUGAUGCUGCUCUUGUAUUUUUAAUUAGUAAAAUCGAUUAGUAAAAUUGAAUUAGUAAAAAUAAGCAAAAGCAAUCAGAUUCUAUUUCCAGCUGCUUCCAGUCACUUGCUUUGCACAACUUAAUGUCACAAUAUUCUUGUGUCUGUACAUCUUGUCACAUGAUGAGACUUACAUUUUAGCAGUGCUAACCAGUUGCUGGUACAUUUUCUUAAGAAACAUCUUUAGCAUCUUUGUCUUGGGCUUUGCUAAUAUAGGCUUACAAAUAAAGAUCUUUUUUUUGUACUGACGGGUAGGGUAUUGACACUCCACUGCACUUCACUUUCACCUAGAGUUUAGUGCACGGAAGAUGGCAAAAGACUGGUUCGUGCAUGUAGUAUCCCCAGCUGAGAUGUAAGGAAAGGUUAACUCAGUCUCUGCUUCUAGUAGCUGUGAAGAAAUGUGAAGUUACAGCAAUAUACAUACCGAGUCAGGGUAGCUCUAAAGGCGCAAGAAUAUAGACUCUGGAGCAUGACAAUGAAGGAAAAAUCCAUGCAGGUUUGAGUGCUGGCAUUGAUCAAAUAUGCAAUAAGAUGGAUGUGGAAACCUCUGGGUAGCUCAUCUGCUCUAGCCAAACAACUCCCUUCUCCCUUCCUUGCUGUAUGUAGAUGUACAUUUCACUCUUCAAAGUUGCUUUCAGUCUCUUUUAUUCUUUUUUGUUGUUGUUAAACAGCUAAUGCUGUUUUUUAAUCUUUCUGUGACAUAGCUGCCAAUGAUGAUGUCUACCUAAUGUAUAACUUUAAUGAUCCUAUUAGUAUCAGGCGAAAGGUUUAUAUUGCGUGGCUUGGAAGAAUUUUGUAAUGCUGAUGUCUUCUGUCAAUGCAUAUUUUUUCCUGAAGGAGUCUGUAGUCAAAUAUCCGUACAGGGUGCUUCAUAUGCAAACCUGUAAAAGUGAAGCUGUGUGUGAAAGUGUACUUGUGAUAAGACCUGGGUUCUGAUUGCUGGCAGUCCAGUAUACUCAUGUCUUUGAAUCAAUUUUUUACCAGUGUACUUCUGAAAUGUUACUGGUGGGUAAGCACUUAAGUUUGAAUUGACCCAUUCAAGUCUGAAACCUGAUGAAGGCAACAGGUUACACAGUUGAUCUUGUUUUGUUUAGUAGGAUCUAGUUUAAAAACUGUUUAUUGCCUUAUUGUUGCAGCCAUUCUCUUGAAUGUAUUUUGGGUUCUUAUUUUAAAUACAGUCAUAUCACCUUUGUUGCAGGGGCUGUGUAACUGAAUAAGCAGUAAUUACCUAUGUUACAUGUGACAGUGCUGCACUUGUGAGCAACUCGCUGCUUAAUAUCAGGUUUUACACUGAACUAGACCUGUGUAUGUACUUCUGUUUCAUCUGGAAAUGAUUGGCACAAAGAAUGUGCUCAACGUGAUCAUUUGCUUCUUCAGUGUUAUGAUACUGUACCUAAAGCUCCUGUGGUUGUCGGUUUUCAUUGUUAACUGUUCUUUUAACUGACUGCACAAAUGAAAAAUAAAGUAACCGGACUUGAGACAAA